AUGGUAAGUUUUUGAAAACACCGUGAUUUGAACUUUUUUUUGUUUUUAGAAUCGAAUUAUCAUUCUCAUCGCUCUCCUAGCUGCCGUUCAAGGUGCGUUUUGUAAGAAUUAAUAAAAAUUAUUCCGUCUUGGUGGGUUUCUUCUCUUUUCUACCGUGCUAUUCAUAAUUAUAGCUCAAAAAUCAUAUUCAAAAAUAAAAUGCGUUUUAAAAAGGGGCCUACAAAUUUCGCUUCAAACUGGGAAGAUUUUCAGUGGCCACUCUAGGGUUUUUGCGUUUAAGCGGCCACUAUAAUAGUUAAAUUAGUGGUCACUUAAGGGGUUAAAAAUUAGUGGCCACUAUAGAGCUUUGACGUUAUAGUGGCCCCUAUAGUAGUCAAAUUAGUGGCCACUUAAAGAGUUUAAAAUUGACGGCCUUUAUAGAGGUCUAAGUGCUACUACUAGAGCAUUAAAAAUUUUAGUGGUCACUUUAGGGGUCAAUGGAUCAACAUAACUGGUCCAAUCUGUUUGUUUUAAUUAUAUGAGAGUUACUGGAAGGAAUACCGGAUGAAAAACUCCUGAAGUGGUCACUAAAUAGAGAACCUUUAUAGUGGUCACUUUAGUGUCCUCUAGAGCUUCUAGAGUGGCCACUCAAAAAUUUCCCAGAAGCUUCAAAGAUGAGUAUAGUUCCCUAGAGAAACCUUUUAAAACCCAUAAAAUUCUUCUUUUUUACAGCCGAAUACCCGGACAUUGAGUGCAGGACGAAGCCGUGCCCUCACCACUUUGUCUGCAAUCCGACGACGCAAAUGUGCGGACCAAACGUCGCUCGGAAAAGAUCCGUCCGCCAAGUGAUUCCUCCAGAUUACCCAUUACCAGACUACCCUUUGCCGCCAUACCCCCUUCCUGACUACCCAUUACCGGAUCCAUAUUUUGAUGACCUUAUGUGA